GUCGCGUGCGAUUGUGUCAUAUUUUGUAAUAUACCUACGUCAACGUCGUCCAUCACCGAUUGCCCAGAUGAUGCAAUAUUAAAUAUCGGAUCGACGAGAAACGGGACUAUUGAGUAGAAUUAAAGUUCUAAUCGAUCACAUCAACAGUAUUGUUGGAGAGCUGUACAAGCAGCAGCAGCAGUCGUAUUCCGGGACUCGUUACGAGCGGACCACGCGGUUAUCCGUCGUUAUCGUGUGUUAUCACGCACGCUUACACUCGACGCGUUAGUGAUACCCGAUAGUAGGUACCUGUUGUUGUAGGUGUGAUCGUGGUACAGUGCGACUCGUUUGUCGAGUUGUUUUCAUCUCUUGAACCGGACACGUUGAACACUAUUUCGCGAUCUUUGCAUAUUGCCGUGGGCCACAUCGAUAGAUAGAUUGAUAGUCGGGAGAGAUAAGUUUUGAACUUUGAACGAUAUUUAAUGAGAACUGACUGGUUACCCGCGUUGAAUACACUAAUAUAAUUAUACUUAAUCGCAAGUGUGGUCGAAUCGAAUUGUUUUUACCUAAAAUCUUUCAAUAAAAUGCAUUUACGUCCGAUAUUGCGUACCUUGGGUAGUGUUCGACGUCCACAUUUCAAAAACAAAUUUGCAAGUAUGUCUACCAGUAUAAAAGUGGAGCAAAAUGGAGUGGAUGCAAAAAUAUCUGAUCCAAAUUUAAGUCUACCUCUUGAAGUAGCUGAUCCUGAAUUGUAUGCCUUAGUCAAUCAAGAGUCAAACCGUCAAAAAAAAGGACUUGAAUUAAUUGCAUCAGAGAAUUUUACUUCAGUAUCUGUUUUGCAAUGUCUUGGAUCAUGUUUAACCAACAAAUAUUCAGAAGGUCUUCCUGGUGCAAGGUACUAUGGAGGUAAUCAAGUAAUUGACCAGAUUGAACUUUUAUGCCAAAAAAGAUGUCUUGAAACAUUUUCUUUGGAUCCAAAUCUUUGGGGUGUUAAUGUUCAGCCAUAUUCUGGAUCACCCGCUAAUGUUGAAGCAUUCACUGCUCUUAUUGGUAGUAGCAGAGGAAGAAUUAUGGGAUUGGAUUUGCCAGAUGGUGGUCAUAUCAGUCAUGGUCUAAUGGCUCAAAAAAAAAGAUUGUCUGCAGCAUCAAUAUUCUUUGAAACUUUACCAUACCAUGUAAAUAUGCAAACUGGUUUAAUUGAUUAUGAAGAAUUAGAAAAAAGUGCUAAAAACUUUAGACCUGAUAUCAUUAUUGCUGGUGUAACUUCAUAUCCAAGAACAUUGGAUUAUAAGCGUUUUAAAGAAAUAGCUGUAGCUAAUGAUUCAUAUCUAAUGGCUGAUAUGUCCCAUAUUAGUGGUUUAGUUGCUGCUGGUGUUAUUCCUUCACCUUUUGAAUAUGCUGAUGUGGUCACAUCUACUACCCAUAAAACAUUGAGAGGUCCUCGUGCUGGAGUAAUAUUUUAUCGUAAAGGAGUAAGGUCGGUAUCAAAGUCUGGUGAAAAUAUCAUGUAUGACUUAGAAGAACGGGUAAAUGCUGCUGUAUUUCCAGGAUUCCAAGGAGGACCACAUAAUAAUGCCAUUGCAGGAAUAGCUGCCGCUAUGCGUUUGGCUAGUACUCCAGAGUUUAAAAAUUACCAAACAAGAGUUUUGAGUAAUUGUAAACAAUUGGCUGAAACCCUUAAACAACUAGGAUAUAAAAUAUCAACAGAUGGUACUGAUGUACAUAUGUUAUUGGUUGACCUUCGACCAAUUAACCUAACUGGAUCUAAAGCUGAAUUUACAUUACAAACUAUAGAGAUUGCUUGUAAUAAAAACACUGUUCCUGGUGACAAAAGUGCCAUGAACCCUUAUGGUAUUCGUCUGGGCACACCUGCUCUUACUACUAGAGGAAUGCAAACACAGGAUAUUGUUGUAGUUGCUGAAUUUAUCCACAAAGGUCUGCAAUUGGCUUUAGAUGCUCAAAAAGUAUCUGGUCCAAAAUUAGUGAAUUUCAAAUCCACUCUUACUAAAGAUCCAAUUUUUGCUGAUCGAGUUCGAAUUUUAAAAAAAGAAAUAGAAGACUUUGCUGAACAAUUUUAUAUACCAGAGCAAUAAAUAUUUUUGUAUUAUAA